ACCAACAUCUCCUUGAGCAUUUUGAUCUUUCCCACGUACUGAGAAGAAGAAAAAAAGAAUAAAAAGAAUGCUCUUUCUUCUACAGCAUCUCCAUAAAUAAUUUACUAAUAUGCUUUUCUGAGAAUUGAUCCACUUUUUCAGCUACCCCUUCCGCUGCUUGGAACUCCAAAUCUAAAAUCUUGAAAAAGCUCUCUUUACGAAUUUGGAACGAGCCCCUGAAUCUCUUUCUUUUGCAUAUCAGAACAAAACUGACAAUUUUUAAAUUCUAAGCAUCCAAAUUUAAAAUCUUUUCCAUAUCUUCGUAUUUUCAAGAUUUUCAACUUUGCUUCACUUUUGUGACCAAUCCUUUUGAGCUUAUAAAAGUUCUCAUGAUCCCUUUGGAUUUUCUCAUCUAGUUGAACUGAGGUGGGAAGACCGGUGGAGAAAAAGGGGAAAAGAUUGUAACUUUAAGGGGUGAAAUGGCGAUGCAGAAGAGCCGAGGAGAGAAGGAUGAUGUAGAGAAUAGGUUAGCAACUACAGCAUCGGUGAAAGAUUCAUCAGUAAGUCUAUUAAGGGUUAUUUCAGUUUUGAUCAUUUUUGUAGUAGGGGUAGUGAUCGGGCUGGUUUCAAGUUCCCACAUUGAUAGCUACUUUAGAAUCCAGCAAUUUUAUACCAAUAGGGCUCCGGUGUUUGAUGAUAGAAAUUGCACAAUUGUGAUUAACACUUGUGAAACAGAGGAUUGUUUGAGCAUGAAAAGUUUUAUCAGGCCUAAGAAUUUGACUCAUGGUUUGUCUGAUGAGGAGUUGUUUUGGAGGGCUUCAUUGGUGCCUAAGAAGGAGGAGUUCCCAUUUAAUAGAGUUCCAAAGGUAGCUUUUAUGUUCUUGACUAGAGGGCCAUUGCCGCUUUUGCCGUUGUGGGAGAGGUUUUUUAAAGGAGAGGAUAAAAAGAAGUACUCAAUUUAUGUGCACGCUCAACCGGGGUUCCAGCUCAAUGUGCCUAAUUCCUCAGUUUUCUACAGACGACAGAUUCCAAGUCGGCGUGUUGAAUGGGGAACAGUAUCCCUCGUUGAUGCAGAAAAACGGCUUUUAGCCAAUGCAUUGCUUGACUUUUCCAACGAACGUUUUAUUCUUCUCUCUGAGAGUUGUAUCCCUGUGUAUAAUUUCCCAGCUGUCUACAGAUACCUUACUGGGUCCAUGCAUAGUUUUGUUCAGUCAUAUGAUGAUCCCUCUCGUUAUGGCCGUGGCCGUUACAGCCGUCGGAUGCAGCCACGUAUUAGGCUUGCAGAUUGGAGAAAAGGGUCCCAGUGGUUUGAGCUUAACCGCUACUUGGCUGCUAUUGUUGUAGCAGAAACAAAAUACUACUCAAUCUUUAAGAAACAUUGCAGGCCUUCUUGUUAUCCAGAUGAGCACUACCUCCCAACAUUCCUUCACAAGUUUUAUGGAGCCAUGAAUGCAAACCGAACGGUGACUUAUGUUGAUUGGUCUGUAAUUGCACCACAUCCUGGGACGUUUACUGCAGUUAAUGUUACGGAAGGCUUUAUUCGAUCAAUAAGGAACAACGGGACAGCAUGUUCUUACAAUUUAAAAAGUACGACAAAUGUUUGUUACCUCUUUGCACGAAAAUUUACUCCCGAUGCUUUGGAGCCUUUAUUGAAUCUCAGUUCGGAAGUGAUGAGAUAUUGAGAGUUGUGGCUUAUGUAGAGUUUCUAGUUGUGAUGUUUAGAACUUUUAUCUUAGACCCUUUCGUGUGCUUAGGCCGAAAUUUUGCCAGAUUUUUGUCAUUUGAUAGAGGCUGCUGAAUGUACAGAACUUGCCAGCAGAGGAUAUGGUCCUCAACCAGGCCCAGGAUCUGCUGGAUCAUUGAUGUAGGAGAGCAUAAGUUGGAACUCAUAGCCCUUUGGCUUUGUUCAUCUGAAGUAACUUUGUGUUACCUUACCUACUAAAAAGUGAGCAAGUUAUAAAAUUACACGUUGAAAUGAUAGAUAUAAA